GCCGGUAAACACGCAAAUUUUGAAAAUCGUUUAAAUUUUUUACGUUGUUCUCUAGAAGAAGCCUUUCUAGUUUUUAGGUGUAGAUUCAUAAAAGUUUCUUGUUCCUACAAAUAAGAUAUAUUUAUUAAGUUUGUAUUUACGAUGACAGAUUUGCCUUACCAAGCUGAAUAUGCCAAGUCUGGCAGAGCUGGUUGCAAAGCCUGUAAAGAGAAAAUUGACCAAGGAUCUUUACGCAUAGCUGUUAUGGUGCAGUCUGCAUUUCAUGAUGGAAAGCAACCUAAUUGGCACCAUGAAGAAUGUUUUUUUAAAAAGAAAUGUCCCAGCAGUAUUGCUGAAAUUGGUAAUUUUAACAAGCUUAGACAUCCUGACCAGAAAAGAAUCAAAGAAAUGCUGGGUAAAACAUUUGAUUUACCUACUGAGAAGGGUUCCAAAAAAGGUAAAGGUAAAAAGAGAACAAAUGAGACAACUGUACUGGGUAUUUCUAAUUACUCAAUUGAAUAUUCAAAAUCAAGCAGAGCUACAUGUAAACAUUGUGAUAUCAAAAUUUGUAAGGAUGAAAUACGUAUAUCUAAAAUGGAAUAUGAUCCUAGAUAUGGUGACAUUCCUGGGUGGCAUCAUGUUAAAUGUUUUGCUGAAAGAAAGAAUGAAUUCUUGUUCUUUGCUGGCGGUGAACAGAUUCCUGGCUUCAAUAAACUUUCUAAGGAAGAUCAGAAAGUUGUUAAGGAUGAAAUUAAAGCAUCAGCUGUGGAUGGGGUGCCAUUCAAAAAGCUGAAGGCGGAACCAAAAGAUGCAGAAGAAGUGAAAAAAGAAAAAGAUUUCGAAAAGAAACUCGAAAAGCAAAACAAGUUGUUCCACAAGUAUAGAAAUUUGUUAAGUUCACUAGGAAAAAGUGAUUUACAUGAAUUACUUGAAGAAAACUCUCAAGAUAUUUUAAAGGGCAAUGAUGAGUGCUGUGAUCACUUAGCAGAUAUGAUGGCAUUUGGGGUCCUUGAGUCUUGUCCCGAAUGCAAGCAAGGACAGUUGGUGCUGGACACCUUCAACUACAAGUGCACAGGAAAUUUAACCGAAUGGACGAAAUGUAUGUACACAACGCGUACUCCCAAGCGACGACCGAUGAUCGUGCCUGUGUCGUAUAAAGAUGGCUCUGUGUUCAAGAAGUACAAACCCAAGGUCGAUGAGAGAGUCUUCGAGAACCCGCCGCCGGCCACCAUCAUUGCCGUGAAGAAGGAGGAGUCGAAUGGAGCGCCGAAAACGUUUCCUCUACCGCCGUUAAAGAACCUCCAAUUCUUUAUGUACGGAAAAUUCAAGUCUCCAAAAGAGGAGAUAAAGAGUCGCAUAUUAAAGAUGGGUGGCCUCGUCACCAGCAAGUUGACCAAGACCCUGGCUGCAGUUGUGUCCACGAAAAAGGAUGUAGAACGGAUGCCAAGUAAGAUGGAGGAAAUUAGUAGUGCCGAUAUUGAAGUGGUGGACGAAACCUUUUUGGAUCUCAUCGACCCCAAGACUGGGACUGUGGCCGAAUCAUUAGAGCUUAUAAAACAACACAACAUUGCGCCCUGGGGAUCUGAUCCUACAAAGCGGGUUCCUCAAGACGUCAUUGACGGAAAAUCUAUUCAGAAGUCUGGCAGCAACUAUGCUAAAUCUAAGUCUGGGGUUACAAAACUAAAAAUUAAAGGUGGCACUGCAGUGGACCCUGACUCCGGGUUGGCGGACGAGGCGCACGUGUAUACUGACUUGAGUGGCAUAAAGUAUACUGUAGUACUGGCCAAGACCGAUGUGGUGGCCGGCAAGAACUCCUUCUACAAGCUACAGGUGCUGGAAGCUGAUAAUAAAAAGAAGUUUUGGCUGUUCCGAGCGUGGGGUAGGAUCGGCACACCAAUUGGCGGUACGAAGGUGGAAGAUUGUAAGACACUGCAUGACGCUAUACAAAAAUUCGAAGAUCUGUACAUGGAGAAAACGGAUAAUCCUUGGGAGAUGAAAGACGACUUUAUGAAGAUGCCGGACGCGUACUACCCGAUUGAUUUGGACUAUGGCGACGCAGAAGUGAAGGGCAAGGUGGAGGUCGAUAAGAAGUGUGGGCUGGCCAUGCCUGUGCAGAAUCUCAUACAGAUGAUCUUCGACGUCGAUUCCAUGAAAAGAACGCUGAUGGAGUUUGAGCUUGACACUGAGAAAAUGCCGCUUGGGAAACUGUCCAAGAAACAAAUAAAGUCUGGAUACAAGGUACUUUCGGAGCUGCUAAAGCAUCUGGAGAAGGGUGAACACAGCAAUAGUAAAGUUAUAGACGCCACCAACAGGUUCUAUACGCUGGUGCCGCACAACUUCGGCAUUCAGAAUCCGCCGCUACUGGAUAGUGUCGACGCAAUUAAAAAUAAACUGCUCAUGUUGGACAAUCUUCUGGAAAUUGAGAUCGCGUAUAGUCUUCUACAAACGGACUCUGAAGAUGGAUUGAGUCCAAUAGAAUCCCACUACAAGAAGCUGAAGGCUGAGAUUGCGCCGAUUGACAAGUCCACGGAUGAGUAUGAGAUGAUAGCAGAGUACGUAAAGAAUACUCAUGCUGCUACUCACUCCAACUAUACCCUGGAGUUGCAAGAGGUGUUCAAAGUGGUGCGAGAAGGAGAAGAUAAGCGCUACAAGCCAUUCAAAAAGUUGCCCAACCGUCGUCUGUUAUGGCACGGAUCAAGGACCACCAACUUCGCGGGAAUACUUUCACAAGGUCUCCGUAUCGCGCCCCCCGAGGCUCCAGUGACCGGCUACAUGUUCGGCAAGGGCAUCUACUUCGCGGACAUGGUGUCCAAGUCUGCCAACUACUGCUGCACCAACACCAACAAUCCCAUCGGGCUGCUUCUACUCAGCGAGGUUGCUUUAGGGCAGAUGAAAGAAUGCACGAAGAGUGAAUACAUAACGAAGCUGCCAAGCGGCGUGAAUUCAGUUCUCGGUGUGGGGAGGACCCAGCCCGACCCGCAACAGGCCAAGGUGCUCGACGACGGACUGAUGGUGCCUCUCGGGACACCCGUCUCCAAUCCUGUGCAGUCUUCAUUGCUUUAUAACGAAUUUAUCGUGUAUGACGUGGCGCAAGUCAACGUGAAAUACUUACUGCAGACCAAGUUUAAUUACAAGAAGUAAAUGAAGACAUUCCAGCUAUUCCAGUUAUGCUCAUGUUACACUAUUUAAUGUUAAGCUAACAUCAUGUUUAUGUUUUUUAUUGGAGACUUGACGAAGUUUUUUUUUGAUUUAUGUGGCUGCUAUAGUUAUGUCUACUUCUACAGUGCCAUAAUUCAUCGGUUCUUUAGGGGCAGAUGAGUAUAAGGUUUGUUCCUUUGUCAUAAUGCAAUAAGCUAAUAAGUACGAAACAGUCAUUUCUGCAUGACGUCAGCAGGCAGUUUUUACUAUACAAACAAUACUUUCAAUUGGUGAUUUUAAUAGUCAGCUAGUUAUAUUACGUACUAAGAUGGCGUACCCAUUACUCAACGCGGGCUGUUUAACCUCUCUUUAUAAUUUUAUACUAUUUGAAAUCUCACUGAUUUUUAUCAUGUGUAUUUUAAUUAUAAUCAUUAAUUACAAUUUGUUGUAUUUCUGUGUUCGUUGUUAUUAUAUAUUCUUAAAAUUCGAAAACGUUAACUUAGUAAACAUAAUACUUAUAACAUCACUUACAAGAUUUGAAUUGUUUUUGUUACGCACUGCUGUGGAACGUAAGAAGAUUCAAGUAUUUUUUAAUUGCACAUCACGUCGCAACAUAUAACUUAAUUUCUUUAUGAAGGAUUAAAACGCGUGUAUUUAUAACUUAAUAAUUAUAAUUAUAGUAAUUCCUCUGGUGUUGCAAAAGAAUGUGGGCGGCGGUGAUCACUUAAUACCAUGACCCGUACGCUCGUUUGCCCUCAGUUCCCAUAAAAAGGAGUUACUGAACAAUAACAAAUUAAACUGGGGUGUGAGAAAUUGAGACAGAUACGCAGGCGGUGCCAGGCGAUUGGAUGUGAGCCAUCACAUGAACAGAGGGCAAAGGCUACACCUAUAUGAGUGCAGUAGGCAUAGAUGUGUUACAGUUAUUAUUUGUACUCGUUUUAAUCCUUUAUAAGUAUUUUAUCUAAUUUAAGUACCUUGCUUAAUAAUGUGAUUUUAUUUGAUUAUUGUUCUAGUUUUAUUUCGAACAUUAUUUUCUUUAGUUUUUAAUUUCUAUUACAUUUAUGUUAGUACUUAUAUUAUGAUUGAUUCUCAAUAAUUGUGUAUUGAAUUGGAAUGUGAUACAGUUGAUUUUGUGUCGUUAUCGAUUAAAUUGUUUUAUAUGAAUGAAA